AAUUUUGUGCAAUACGGGCAAAUAAUCCAAUUCCUCCGCAAUGCAAGUUGUUUUAUUUUGAAGUUGACAUAAUAGAUGAAGGAGAGAAUAAAUCUAUUGGAAUUGGAUUUUGCGAAAAGACAGUUAAUUUAGAAGGAAUGCCUGGAUGGUAUAAUGGUUCUUGGGGUUAUCAUGGAAAUAAUGGAAAAUUCUAUAAUUGCUCGAAACGAGGCAAUCCUUAUGGGCCGUC